AUGAUGCAACAGAACAUCUCCAAAGGGCAUACUUUCGUAUGGGAAGUCGAAUUUGCGAUCGCCUGCUGGGUGCUUUUCGCUACCGCCAGUGGCCUCAUGCUCAUCUCCGUUGUGCGCUGCUGUGCAAGCGGCGUAGUUUUUGAAGAAGAUACGCGGCACAGACGACGACAUGAAGAUAACACAGUUCCCGACGAGCGGACCAGACUUACGGAAGAGAACCUUGAGUAUCUCGCUGAUGAUGAACUGAGCCCCGAUGAAGAAUAUCCUCAGGGGUAUGGGUCGACGUUCGCGUCGGAGAGCCCACCGCUAUUGAAUCCUAAUGCAUGGGAUAUGGUGUGAUGGGUUGGCUUCAUGGUAAGUGAUGAUAUGUAUUCGGGGAU